GGUAAAGUUGAGUUGUUAAUUGAAGGACAUAGAAGAGUUUGCUUUAAUAAUGAAUGUAGCAACUUCCCCUCUAACAACAUAUGCCUCCCCUAUAGUAGGUCUAGAAAUGGCCUUUUUUAACAGCUGAAUGACAUGGCAAUUGAUGAGUCAUUUAAUUAGAGAAAUGGCUUCAUCUUAUUAGUCAUGGAUUUUAAACCCAACCCAACCCAACGACCCGACCCAUCUACAAUCCAAAACCCUUCCAUUCACAGUAAUCCGUUUCCAAAAUAACUUGACCCAUCUUCCUACUCAUUUGAUAGGUCGUUCUUAACCUAGCACUAGCAGCUCUAAUGGCGACUUAGGUUUACAAAUCACACCACCGUCUACUUUCUUCGGAUAAAUAUCAUUUCUUCCUUCUUCAAUUCUUCACUCGGUUGUUUCCAUUACUCUCCAAGUAAGAAUGGUUGAAAAUGUGGAUCUGAUUUUUAAUUACGGGGGACAGUGCGUUCCGAAACCACAACUGAUAUACCAUAAAAAAAUGAUUCACGUAUGGAGAGGUUACGAAGUGGACUUGUUGUCUUACAUUGAUGUCUGUCGAAAAAUUUAAAGAAAAUUUAGAUUUUAGUGAAGUACGACAGCUUCUAUUUACUGCUCCAUCUGGUCGUUUCUAUGUGCUCGAGGGGGAUGAAGGCAUUAGAAGUCUUCAGAAUCUACUAUCUGACAAUUUCAAGGUAGUGAACCUCUUUGCAGUAGAUAACUAUGAAGAGGAUAUAUUUUAUAACGAAGGUAUAUUUGCUCUAAAUCAAAAAGUUGUUUCUCAAAAAAAAACUAUGAAGAGGAUAUUGGCUUAGUUCCAAACAUUAUUGGCUACCAUAAAAAUGACAAUGUUAUAGAAGUUGGAACAGAUUGUGAUAGUAGCGAGGAAGAGAAAAGUGGUGAAACUGUGUCUACUGAAUGUGAUAGUGAAGAGUUGGAAGUGUUUAAAAAGCAAAAGAAACCUGAUAUCAGUGAAAAGUUAGACAAGUAUAAGGAUUUGGAGUAUGGUAUGACCUUUAGCAAUCUGAAGGAAGCUAAACAGGUUAUAGACUUCUAUGCUGUUGCAAAUAAGAGGGAUAUUAGAGUAAAGAAAAGUGACACAACUAGAGUUUGUUAUUGUUGUGUUCUUGGUUGUCCCUUUCGAUGCUCGAUUUACAAGGAUGGGAGAGAUCAAGGUUUUAAGAUCACGACCUUAAAGCAAGAACACACCUGUGAUGAGACUUUUGAGAAUAGGAGAGCUAAAGCUGGAAUGUUAUCUCAUUAUUUUAAGAAGUAAGUUCAGAAUAACCCUAAAUAUAAGGUUAAAGACAUGAAGAUGGACUUGGAAUCUCAAUUGAGCCUUAAUGUGAAUGAGUCAAAGUUGAAGAGAGUUAAGAGGUUUGUGUUGGGCAAAUUACAUGGUAGUUGCGCUGAUGAUUAUAACAAGUUGGAGGCGUACGCAGAAGAAUUGAGGAGGAGUAAUCCAGGAACUGAUGUAGUGAUCAAUCUGUCAAGGGAUGCUAUGGAAGAAGGCAAAAGAAGAUUUUUAAGGUUGUAUAUAUGCUUUCAAGCCCUAAAGGAAUGCUGGAAAGAAGGUUUGAGACCUUUUAUAGGGCUGGAUGGUACCUUUUUAAAAGGAAAAAGUAGGGGAAUAAUGUUGGUGGCAAUGGGACAAGAUUCAAGUAACCAUUUCUAUCCACUUGCUUGGGCAGUGGUAGAUAAAGAAACUAAAAGAACUUGGAGCUGGUUUGUGGAGCUGCUGAAACACUCUUUGGAUUUAAUGUCUGGUGAAAAUGUCACCUUUAUAUCCGAUAUGCAAAAGGGUUUAUUGGAUGCUGUGCGUAAUGUAUGCCCGCAAGCAAAUCACAGAUGGUGCGUUAAGCAUAUUGAGGCUAAUUGGAGCAAAAAAUACCGAAGUGGAGAGAUGAAAAAGCUUCUCUGGUGGUGUGCUUGGAGUACAUAUGAAGAGGAGUUCAAAGAUCAGUUGAGGAAAAUGGGUGAAUUGAACGAGAUGGCUGCUGUGGACUUGGUGAGCUAUCCGCCAGAAAAAUGGUGUAGAGCAUAUUUUGACACCAAUUGCAAAAAUUUAAUGGUGGACAACAACUUCACAGAGUCUUUCAACUCAUGGAUUGUAGAGCCCAGGCAAAAACCAAUUAUAAAGAUGCUUGAAGAUAUUCGGGUGAAGGUAAUGAGCAUGAUAAGGAACCAUGAGGCUGAAGUUAAAAGUUGGAAUAAUGAGUUUUCACCACAUGCAAUGAAGCUCUUUAAAGACUACAGGGUUAUUGCCCAACAGUGUAAGGUUUAGUUCAAUGGGGACUGAGGAUAUGAAGUGACUGAGGGUUUGGAUAGGCAUACAGUCAAUAUAGAGCUUAAGAGAUGCACAUGCAGAGUUUGGGACUUGUCUGGAAUUCCAUGUCCUCAUGCCAUCAAAGCAUUUCUCCAUAAAAAAAUUGACCAUGUUGCUCAAAUACACUGGUGGUAUUCUAAGGAAGCACAUUUGUUGGUAUAUAGGCACAAGCUCCAACCUGUUAGGGGUGAAAACUUCUGGAAGAUAGAGUCACGCCAUGCCAUGGAGCCCCCUACGUUGGUAGACCAAAGGUGAAGAGAACAAGAAAGAAGGAUGAAGCUACGAAUAGGCAGGGGAUAUGGUCAGCUUCUAGAAAAGGAAUGUUGAUGGCUUGUGGUUAUUGUGGUAAACCAAACCACAACAGAAGAAAAUGUCCAUUGCUCAAUGGUAAACACAAGCACUUCUUUCAAGAUGAAGGAAAUUCCCAAGAAUCUCAAGAUGUGCCCUUGUCAGGACCACAAAACACUCAAGAAAGUGAAUUUUUCUUCAUCCCUGUACCUGAUGUAAGUCAGAGCUCCAUGGCAGCAGGGUAUGAUUCAGACCCUACUUUACAUCCUAAGGUGGUGUCUGAAACUAAUUUUAGACUUCACGAAAGGCUGAAGAAGCAAAAUAUUGGGACAAGAAAGAUAACUUUCCAAGGAGAUCACAAUGGUGUAUCAACGCCGGCCAACCUUCCAUAUUCACCAAGAAAAGUAACUUGGAAAGGUAAAGAAGCAAUGACUUCAAACCAAUUACAAGCUACAAGGGAGAAAAAAAUUGGCAAACUUAAGCCUGUAGGGGGGCAAGGGGAUGUAGGAUUUGUUGUGUGUUUACUGUUUUUUUUUUUUUUUUGGUGUUAUGUAAGGAGAGAAACAUUGACUGCAAACAAUUAGUGUUUUUGCUGAUAUGUACUCUUAAUGGUUAUUAGACAAGUAAAUGUUGUGAACGGUAGUAAGUUUUUGGUUCAAACAGUUGUCUAAUAUCAGUAUUGCAAAAUGUUGACAUUUGUUGAUUUGGUUUAGUUG